AUGGCCUUGGGCCGAGUUGCAGCGCUGGUCGACUCGUCACCGGCUAGUCCCGUGAAGGACACAUCAGCGGGGCCAAACGGGGCUCCUGGGUGGUUGCUGCCAGUGCCCUCCAGUCCCCUUGGCUUGGCGCUGGCCCCUAUUAAGGCUGACGAGGAGGAUUACGAGGACGUCCCCAUAAAUAAGACUUGGGUUUUAUCGCCUAAGGUCGACGAGAGCGACGUCACCACCAUCCUAAAUAAAUUACUGCUGGGCUACGACAACAAGCUGCGCCCGGACAUCGGAGUGAGACCUACAGUGAUCGAAACUGCUGUGUAUGUGAACAGCAUUGGGCCUGUGGACCCCAUUAACAUGGAGUACACCAUCGACAUUUUCUUUGCCCAGACGUGGUACGACAGCCGACUGAAGUUUAACAGCACCAUGAAGUUGCUCAUGCUCAACAGUAAUAUGGUGGGCAAAAUCUGGAUUCCGGACACUUUCUUCCGCAACUCACGCAAGUCAGACGCCCACUGGAUCACAACGCCCAAUCGACUUCUGCGUCUCUGGAGCAAUGGGAGGGUCAUGUACACACUAAGGUUGACUAUUAAUGCGGAAUGCUACCUAAAGCUGCAUAACUUUCCCAUGGAUGAGCACUCCUGCCCACUGGAAUUCUCCAGCUAUGGCUACCCUAAGAAUGAGAUUAUGUACCGUUGGCAGCGUCGCUCUGUGGAGGUGGCAGAUCAGCGAUACUGGAGGCUCUACCAGUUCGCCUUUGUGGGGCUGCGCAACGCCACCGAGGUCAUACACACGCAGUCAGGAGAGUAUGUGAUCAUGACCAUCUUCUUUGAGCUGAGCCGGCGGAUGGGCUACUUCACCAUCCAGACCUACAUCCCCUGCAGCAUGAUCGUGGUGCUCUCCUGGGUCUCCUUCUGGAUUAACAAAGAUGCUGUACCAGCAAGAACUUCACUCGGAAUCACCACGGUGCUCACCAUGACAACGCUAAGCACCAUCUCCAGGAAGUCGCUGCCUAAGGUCUCCUACGUGACGGCCAUGGACCUCUUCGUCUCCGUCUGCUUCAUCUUCACCUUCGCAGCUCUGAUGGAGUACGGCACCCUUCACUACUUCACCAGCAACCGGCAGACCAAGAAGAAACCCCAGCACACCAAUAAAACCAGCCUGGUGAACAUCCGCCCGGGCACGUCACUGCUGCAGAUGAACAACAUCGCCCCAUAUGACGACGACGACUAUGUCUAUGAGUGCCUGGACGGCAAAGACUGUACCAGCUUCUUCUGUUGUUUUGACGACUGUCGCGCGGGGAGGUGGCGAGAGAACAGGAUGCAUGUGCACGUCUCCAAGAUCGACUCCUACUCCAGAAUAUUCUUCCCCACUGCUUUCGGCCUCUUCAACCUUGUCUACUGGGUCGGGUACCUGUACCUGUAAAAAGAAAAACAAAACAAAACAAACAAACA